AGGUAAAGUAGAGAACGUGCUGACCGCUAUCGAUCAGUCUCUCCACUAACUGCGUAUAGUAUCAUCAAAAUAAGCAGAAUCAUCAUUAUACGUUACGACAUACGUUCAACAAAACGAAUCUGAAGGCUGAGAAAGAUGGCUGAAAUAAAUUCAGAAUUGCUCACCGUAUUCGGCUUUUGGGGCAGUGUACUGGUCCUGAAACUGCUGGCGAUGGUGCCGUUAACUGCUCGACAUCGAAUGCGAAAGGGGGUAUUCGCAAAUCCAGAGGAUCUUGCACUCUCAACCAAAGGCAAAGUAAUUUACGAUGAUCCGGAUGUGGAACGUGUACGUAGAGCACACUUGAAUGAUUUAGAGAAUGUUCUGCCUUGGUUUAUAAUUACGUAUCUCUGGCUGGGAACAGGACCUUCGCUGUGGCUGGCUAAGAUUCUGAUACGAACUUUUGUACUUACACGAAUAGCUCACACUAUAUCGUACACAAUCCUUUCGCAACAGCCUAUGCGUGCGAUAAGUUUCAUGGUGGGAUUUUCAAUCGUUGGUUACCAAGCAUUAACGACUUUAUUGUAUUAUUCCUAAUUUUUUUAUAUAAAUUUCUGAAACCACAAAUUUGAACGCACAAUAAGAUAUAAAUACAAUUUGUACAAUAUAUGAUAACAUUGUUUUGGUAUUUGGGCAUAAAUAAAUUUUAUAAUUUAAGAGAAA